AUGACUAACCCAGGUCUGCGUCGAGAAGUAAUCAACAUCUACAAAGAGCUCCUGAACUUGGGCAAGAAUUACCCUCAGGGUUAUCCAUACUUCCAGACUCACCUGCACAAAUCAUUCGCCAGUCAGACCGGUCUUCAAGAUGAAAAGGAUAUCAGGAAGGGCAUAGAGAGGGCCGAAUAUGUGAAGAAGGAGAUUGAGGCACUUUAUUAUUUGAAGCGAUAUAGGGCGCUUCGCCGGCGCUACGGUCAAGCUUAA